CCCUUUCAAACCAGGGGGAGUAAUACUCGCAGGUCUGGUGGAAGUGUAACUAAUACAGACUGUGCUGAGGAGCUACCAUGCAUUGCUAAUGAGAGACAUGCAGCCAGGAAGUUGUAUGCAACACUCGCAAGGCUCCUGAAGCUGUAUGUAGCUACCAAGCUUGAUGUCUCCUGCUCUUUUCCUCUUUUGCAUUGCAUUAUUUUAAGAAAUGAGUCCAAUUAUCUAACCUCUAAAGGAUUUAAACACACUGUAGAAAUACACAGUUGUAAGAUGCCCUAUAAUCAAAGCCAUUAAUUUGUAUAAAUUCCCUUUUUCCAACUUAUACUGAAAUGAACAUUGUAGGAAAGCUCAGUUUGAUGAUACCGUGGAGUAUAUUCUUGCUUCAUUCACUGCUGUCCACUUUGCAAGGAUCUUACUGCAAGCUUCCUCUUUUGAGAAGAACUUUGAGAACUGAGUCUAAUGCAACUCGACAGAAAAGAGAUCUUGUAACAGCCGAGGUUCAAUCUGCCUCUCGGUUGCACCAUCAUGGGGCCCUGAUGCGGAGUCCAUCAGGAGGUUCAUGUCCUCAGGAGUGCCUUAAUGGAGCAGCCUGCACAGAGGCAGGUGACUGUGACUGUCAGUUAUUUCAGGCUCAAGGAAGCAGGUGCCAAAUUGUACCUAACACUGGUAAGGACCGAGAUGGGAUUUGCAAAUCAUGGGGACAGUAUAAUUUUGAAACAUUUGAUGGCAUCUACUACUACUUCCCAGGGAAUUGCUCCUAUAUAUUUGCAAAAGACUGCAGUACUCUGGAACCCCAGUACACUGUUUGGGUUCAUAACAGUCCUCACUGUUAUGGUUCAGUAUAUACUUGUCAUAGGUCUAUCAGUUUAUUUUUUUCAAACCAAGAAGAAAUAAUGAUUUCAGGACAUGAAGUAAGAAAAAAUGGGAUCAGAUUAACAUUGCCUCAGACAGUUGGAAAUGCUUUCAUUGAGAGACUGGCUGACUAUAUUCUGGUGAAGACUACCUUUGGUUUUUCUCUUGCUUGGGAUGGAAACUCUGGUAUUUAUAUUAAACUGACAGAAGAUCAUAAGGGAAAACCUUGUGGCCUUUGUGGAAAUUUUAACAGUAAUAAAUAUGAUGACCUGAUACUUCAAAACAUAGGUGAAUAUACAGAAGACAUUGCUGAAUUUGCAAAUAGCUGGGCUGUGCAAGCCUCAGAUGACAUAGCUUGUGUCCCUACUGCCUCAGAUUUUUCCAGUCCUUGCUCAGCCAAUGCAGAAUCCACUGAGGAGAUAUUCUUCAAGUGCCAAAUAUUCCUACAGUUUCCUUUUCUCAGCUGCCAUGAAAGUAUAGAUCCGUAUUCUUAUAUUUCAAGCUGUAUGAAUGAUCUUUGCAGAGUGGAUGAUGAUGAAACAUACUGCAGGGCAGUGACAGAAUACGCUAGAGCAUGUUCUCACGCUGGGUCCCCGGUGCGGGACUGGAGGGAUGACUUUCCUGCCUGUACUGACAAGUGUGAAGACACCUUUGUUCACCGUGACUGUAUCAGCUGUUGUCCACCAACUUGCACAUUUGAAAAGGACUGUCUUGGCAGCAAUCUGCACUGUUUAGAUGGCUGUUACUGUCCAGAUGGUCUCAUUAUGGAAAAUGGAACUUGUAUCUCUUUGUCAAAUUGUCCUUGUAUUUAUCAUGGAACUGCUUUCCCUGUAGGCUCAAAAAUUGAACAAGAAUGUAGCAACUGUAUUUGUGCUGGUGGCAUUUGGAACUGCACUGAUCAUGAUUGUCCAGCUGAGUGCUCCAUCACAGGCAGCUCUCAUUUCACGACAUUUGAUGGACGUCAUUUUACCUUUCUUGGGAUUUGCCAGUACAUUUUGGUAAAAGGCACUGGAAAAAACAAAUUCACAAUCACUUUACAAAAAGCACCUUGUGGACAGAACUUUGACCACGCCUGCAUUGAGUCUAUAACACUGGUUCUUGAAGAUGAUGUGAGGAAACAAGUCACUCUCACAAGACAUGGUCAAAUCCAAACUGUCCCUAGCCAAGUUUUUAACCUCAAUGGGGCUAUUGAAAUUCAGAAUAUAUCUUCUUUGUUUGUUCAACUGAAAACUAGUUUUGGUUUGAAGAUACUGUUUGCUAAAGAUGGAGAGAGGAUCUAUGUUCAAGUUGAUGUCGGAUGGAAGAGAAGAACAUUAGGACUAUGUGGAACUUACAAUGGAAAUUUAAGAGAUGAUUUUCUAUCUCCAGCAGGGAUGAUAGAAGGGACUCCACAACUUCAUGCCAAUGCAUGGAAGGUUUCCUCAGCUUGCUCCAUGCCUAUCAAUAUUCCUGUGGUUGAUCCCUGCAACGCGAAUCAGCAAAAUGCUGGGUAUGCAUCUCACUGUGAUAUCAUCAACCAAGAUCUGUUUGCUCCCUGCCAUGCCUACAUCAGUCCAGGGCUGUACUACCAGCUCUGCCGCUUCGACGCGUGCAAGUGUGGGAGCAGCUGCCUCUGCAAUGCUCUGGCGCACUAUGCUUAUGUCUGUGGCAAGCACGGCGUCGUCAUUGACUUCAGAUCUCAUGUUUCUUACUGUGCUGUGAUGUGUCACAGUGGUAUGCUUUAUCAUCAGUGCUCUUCUUUUUGUAAACAUUCCUGUGCUUCACUUUCUAUGGCAAAUAUGUGUGCUGAUGACUGUGCAGAAGGAUGUAAUUGUCCUGAUGGGAAGUAUUUUGAAGAGUCAGUCAACUUUUGUGUAUCAAUAUCUGGCUGUCAUUGUCAUUACAAAGGCAAAGCACUGCAGCCUGGGGAAAUCCUUCCUACUCCAACAGGCUCCUGUCAAUGUUUGAAUGGAACAGUGAAAUGUAUUGAAGCCACUACAGAAAAUAUAGUUCACACGUGCCCUGAAGGAAAAAUCUACUAUGACUGCAGAUCUCCUGUGCCUGGGUUACCAGCAGCAGGUGUGAAUUGUGGGAUCUCUUGUGCGAACCUUGCCAUGAACUUCUCCUGUGUCCCCUCACCACCCUGUGCAAGUGGCUGCAUUUGCCCCCCUGGGAUGGCUGAGCACAGAGGGAAAUGCUAUAUUCCUGACAGUUGCCCCUGCACCUGGAAAGACAGAGAAUUUCUGUCAGGAGAAGUGAUAGCUACUCCGUGUUAUACCUGUGUUUGUCGGAGAGGCGUCUUCAACUGCACCAGUUACCCCUGCCCUGCUGUGUGCACCAUUUAUGGAGACCGACAUUAUUACACCUUUGAUGGGCUGGAGUAUGAUUAUGUCAGUGACUGCCAAACUUACCUGCUAAAGAGCACAGAUAACUCAAAUAUAUCUAUAAUUGCUCAGAACAAAAAGUGCUUUGACAAUGAUAUUGUUUGCUCAAAGAAUGUUUUCAUCACUGUUGGAGACACUGAGAUUUAUUUUAGUGAACCUUCUGAGAAGCAGAAGACCCUAGAGGCACAGGAAAACAAAUCUAACUAUCAGCUCUGGAAGGCUGGAUAUUAUACUGUGAUACACUUUCCAGAACAGGACAUUACAAUUCUGUGGGACAAGAAGACAAUGAUGCAUGUAAAAGUUGGACCUCGAUGGAAGGGCAAACUGGCAGGCUUGUGUGGAAAUUUUGACAAAUAUACUUCAAAUGAUCUGACUACAUCAAACAACAUGGAAGUGAGAAAUGCACAGGUGUUUGGAGACAGCUGGGUAUUAGGACAGUGUAAGAGCCCAAAUGAAACACUGAGACCAUGUGAAGUACAUCAGAGCAAGUUCCCUUAUGCAAAAAAGGAAUGCUCAAUUUUAUACAGCGAUCUUUUUGCACCUUGUCGCAAUGUGAUUGAUGUGACUUCUUUUAUCAAAAAUUGUCACACAGAUACAUGCAACUGCAAUCUUGGUGGGGACUGCGAGUGUCUGUGUACCAGUAUUGCAGCUUAUGCCCACAAGUGCUGCCAGCAAGGAGCAGCGAUUCACUGGCGAUCUCCUCUGCUCUGCGCUUAUGACUGUGACUAUUACAACCAAGGUCUUGGUGAAGGACCCUAUAUUUUGGCAAGUUUUGGAGUGAAUGACACAAUUAUAGGGGCUAAUGUAUCCAGCAGAAGGAUAUUUCCCUUGCCUAGAGUUGGAGCACAUGGAAAUGUAAUUUUCAGUUUCAUGAUCACUCCAGGUCUUUUCAAAGAUAAAGAUUUAUCUCUGUCUCUUGUUUCCCUUGAAUCUGCUGAAAGACCAAACUACUUUCUGUAUGUACAUGACAAUGAAACCAUUGGGUUGGAGCAGUGGCAGGCAAAUGCCUCCUUCCAGAGACGAGCCACCUUCUUCCACCACCAGGGUCUCUGGAAUCCAGGGCUCAGUGCCUUCGAGCUGCACAGUAAAAAAGGCUUUUUCAUCAUUCUCACCUCAUCCAGUGUUAAAGUGGAAAAGUAUGAUGGUUCAGAAGAAUUCAAACAUUUCAGUAGCUUUAGUAUUGAAGAACUCAGUGCUUCUGUGCCUUACAGAAGAAUGUGUGAAUGGAGAUAUGAAUCUUGUGCUAAUCCUUGUUUUAAGACAUGUAGUGAUCCUGAAGGAAUUGCAUGUAAAUUUCUUCCUCUGGUUGAAGGAUGCAUGCCAUACUGUCCCAAAAACAUGAUCCUUGAUGAGGUCACACUUAGAUGUGUUUAUCCAGAAGACUGCAUACCUGUGACACCUACAGAAUCAGACAUUGGACUGAAGCCUUCACUGUUCAUCUCUCACAUGGGUCCUACCACGGAGAGAUUUCCUCAGACACUCCCUGUAUUUGUUACUUCAAGGAAUAAAUCAACUCUCAUCGGUGUAACAGACAAAAUAACCAUAAAUGCAAACACAGCUUCAAGGGGAAUGAAUAUGUCGGCACAGUCCAUUACGGACUUUUAUUCAUUGGAAGCUUCUAAUGCAGCCACCUAUUCAACAUUUUCAUUACCAAGUACAGUGGAGCCUUCUGAUGUACUUCACAGCACAGCCAGCCCUACUGUCCUUUCCAAACCCAUCCCUUCAACAGAUUUUCCAAUGCUUUUUCAAGCCUCAGCUGUCACAUCACGUACUGCCCACUCUAAUGCAUCUAUAACUUUACCCAUUACAAUAACAACUCCAACAACCCUGCCCAGUGCAAGUCCUAUUCCAACACGUUCUGCAUUAUUAACACCCACUUCCCUAGCGGUAGUUCCAUUUUCACUUGAAACAUCAACCACUCAGCUAGGAACAGUUCAACCUUCCUCAGCACUAACAACUUUAGCCUCCAAGAUAUCUUUGGUCACUUCUGAGCUGCAUGCAGAGAUUGGGAAGAGUAGGAGUCCUUCAGUAAGUCAUUCUAAGGGAGCAGAAAUAUACUCUGAAGUGUCUUUGUCUGCCUUGAGGGCUGACAGAGAAACUUUCACAAGACCUGUAUUUCUUCUAGGUCCACGAUUGACACUAAGCACAUCUCCUGUAUCUACUUCAUCUGUUAUAACUAAGUCUGGCAUUAGUCAAACUGCAGUGUACCCAACACCCGCCUCUGCACUGACUUCAGCUGCUCCUCAAAUUCCUAUGACUACUAGAUUUUCUAGCUCUGAGACAAGUGUUCCUCAAUUAAUCACAGUUUCAUAUUUCAAAACAUCAAAACCCUUGUCUAAAACUUCUCUGAUAUCAUUAAAUGUUAGCUCUUCAACCAGUUUUUCUCCAAAGGCACUUUCAUCUUCAGUGCAGACUUCAACGACUGUUCCCGAGCAGACAUCUGCAUUGAAAAAGGGCAGUAUUUCUGCUGCUCUGCCAAUAAUGACUAUAUCUUCACCUCAAGUUGUUUCUCAAAUCCCUAAAAACACUUCAAGUAUUGCAACAUGCACAGUAUCUACACCAGUGCAUUCUCUGUAUACCUCCCUGAAGCCCAAAGCCAUGGCAGGUGCCACUGUUGCCUCCAAAAGUUUUUAUACAGUACCUUCUAGUGCCUCCACUCCUCUAAUCAAUUCAACAAUUUUUGAUAGGUCUGUAGUAAGUAAAGCCUUAACAGAAAAUAAGCAAAUAAUGCACACUGAUUUCUUUUCAUUAUCAUUCAUUUCUAAAAAGCCAAAGAAAUCUGUUACGUCUACAGCCUCCCCUCUCAGGACAUUGGUAUUACCUCUAAAUUCUACAUCAAUAACCGCUUCAGAACUUACAGAGUACCCAAAAAGUUCAGAUACAGAAUUGAAAACUGACCCUGUGGCUCAAAGUUCAGGAAAACAGAGUUCUUCAGUAAGUUCAUCAGAAGAAGAUGGAACAAUAUCAGCCAUACCAGCUGGAAUCAUCACUCAAUCCACUACGCCAAUGAUCAGGAACACAACAGUGAAUGCUGCAUCCUCAAAAGCACCUUCUAUUUAUGCAAAAAUGUUACCCAGUUCUUCAGCCAGUUUAUUAGUUACUUCAGGCACCACCACCUUAGCCUCUAGGAUUACUACAAAAACUGCUGAUUCUUUUGUUGUCAAUCUGGAUUUUUAUAUAUCUGCAGCUUCAGUUCCUACCACCAUACAAACACACAAAUCUUUAUUUACAACUGCAGUAACUCAAGCUUCACAGAACACUAGAGAAACUCCAAAGAUUAAUAUAAUGAAAACAACUGGUACUAUGAAUCCGUUAUCACAGAUGAAGAGUACCUCAUACAUAGCAUCAGAAGUUAAAUACACAUCUUCAUUUGAAAAAAAUGUGGAUAUUUCAGAAGAUGGUCAGACGUCACAUGAGCAAAGAAAUGCUACCAAGACAAAGACAACCACAACUGACAAAUCUUCCCCACCUUAUCUGCCAGUAACUGCACUUCAAAGUCUGCUUUUUUCAAGAAAUGCAACCUCAGUCAAAAAUAUCUCUAUUUCUGGAGUCCUGGAUGUAACAACAUCAGAUAGCUCCAAAAUCCCAACCCAGAAGCCCGUUACACCUUAUUUUAGUGUAACAGAGGCCACAGAGCUGCAAACUAGAGCUAUAAUAGAUUUGUCUCUUUCUAGUGAUGGAAUGGCUCUGCCUUCCUCAUCAGAAACAAUGGCUGUAGCUGACAAGGCUUACUUUGGCACGAUGAUGCAUACACUGAUAUCUACAUCUUCUGAGUGUGUGCCAAGAUACCUCGAACCUGUUGACAAAUGUAGCCAGUAUGUAUGUGUUAAUACGGCUUGGAUGUUAUACAAUCUUUCAAGGAACUGCCCUAAGGAUGUGCAGAAGCCAGAUUGUGGUUUUCGAGGAAUGCCUGUUCAAGUUAACACUGACAGCUGUUGUCCACAAUGGGAAUGUCCCUGUCAGUGUUCUGUACUGUCUGAACUGAGUGUUAUUACCUUUGAUGGAAACAACAUAGCCCUCUGUAAUAUGGCUUCCUAUGUUUUAGUCAAGUUACCAGGAGAAAUUAUUGUUGCUCAUAUUGAAAAAUGUCCUGCUAAUCAGAGUGCAAAUUCAAUAAGAAAACUAGUGCCACCUGCAAACACUUCAGGGCUCUGUUUUAAGAAAUUAAAUGUCACAACACACACUUGUCAAAUACUUAUCAAUCGUUUAGCAAGAAAAGUAGUUGUGGAUUCUGAAAUUCAACCAUUACCAUUUUCAAGAGAAGGGCUGAGUAUUCAGGAUACUGGUGCAAUGUAUGUGGUUAAUACCCCAGCUGGGAUUAGCAUCAAGUGGGCUCAUGUUACAGGCAUCAUAGAUGUACAGUAUGGAUUACACUCUAACACAACGAGGAAGACAGAAGGACUUUGUGGGGUGUGUAAUGGAGAUCCUAGUGAUGACCUGAAAAUGCAAAACAUGACCAUAAUCACAAACAUGGAGGAAAUUGAAAUGUUUAUUAAGAGCUGGGAAAUUGAGAAAUCACUUGAUGUAACUACCAGGAGGCCAGUAAGAAACUGCACUGAAGAUAACUGCACAUACUGUAUGGAACUGUUAAACAGAAGGAUUUUCAUCCCUUGUCACAAGAAAGUGUCACCACAGGAAUUUUGUGAGAAGAUGUGGAUCAACAGUACUAAUUUUUGGAACUAUGAGUGUGAUGCACUUUCUGCAUAUGUAGCUUUAUGCAACAAGCACAACAUCUGCAUUAAAUGGAGGACACCUGAUUACUGUUCAUUGAGCUGUCCUGAGGGCAAGGAAUACCAGCCUUGUGUGCAACCCUGUGAAGCCAAGACAUGCUUGAAUAAAUGGUUCUAUGAAGAUUCUCCCUGUUCCUAUUUAAGGGAAGACUGUGUGUGUAAAAAUGGCACCAUUCUGCAUAGAACAGACUCAGACCUCUGUAUACCAGAAGAAAAAUGUACAUGUACAGAUAAUAAAGGACAGCCCCGCUCUGCUGGGGAGAUCUGGAAUGGGUCCAUGAGGGGGUGCUGCAUGUAUGGCUGUUUAGAAAAUGGAAGCAUUAUUGCUGUAGAACCUGAGUGCAGUGAGGAUCCACCACCAGUCUGUGAAAGAGAAGGGGAAGUUCUACUCCAUGUCAUUGAAGAGAGAGCUUGCUGUCCCAAGAAAGUCUGUGAAUGUAACAUGUCAUUGUGUGAUGCCAUUAUUCCAACGUGCAAACCCAAUGAAAAAUUAGUGGUAGGCUACCACCCCCUGUCCUGCUGCCCACAGUACCGAUGUGAAUGUGAUCCUUCAGUUUGUUUUAAUGACUCCCAGCCUGACUGUAGAGAAGAUCAGUUUAUUGUUGAGGCAAAACAGGAAGAUCCCUGUUGUUUCUCUCAUCUCUGUGUUUGUGAAUCCUGUAUUGAACCUGUUCCCUUGUGUAGUGAAGGGGAAAUUCUCACUGUAGACCUUAAUACCAUACACUACUGCUGUCCUCAUUACUACUGCGUUUGUGAUGAAAAUCUUUGUUCUGAGCCUCCUAUGAUUUGCACAGAUGACAUGACACCUGUGAAGGAAAAAAUACUUGGGCAAUGUUGUCCAGAAUGGCACUGUGAAUGUAGUUGUGAAAAUGCUACCAUGCUGACCUGUAAAUUGGGAGAAGUUAAAAAAAUAGAUAGCAGUGUUUCCAGUGCUUGUGGAUGCACUCACUACAUUUGUGAGAAGGAUGAUGUGUGCAUCUUUCAAGAGGUCACAGUACUGAGUCCUGGGCAGUCAGUGAUUCAGUACUUGGAUGGAGACCUUUGUUACACUGUACAGUGUUUACAAGAAAAAGAUCAGAACACAGGCUACAAUGCCAUGCAUAUCACAAUGAUGAACUGCUCCCAGCAAUGUGAAGCUCAUCAAGUAUAUAUUCCUUCCUUCAGUCACCAUACUUGUUGUGGUAUGUGUCUAAACGUGUCCUGCUCUUUUCACACAGAGAAUGGAACACUGAUUUUGUAUGAUGAAGGAAGCACCUGGACUUCCAACUGUACCAAUUACAAAUGUGUAAAGACUGCUGCAGGGGCUAUUGUGCUGGGGUCAAGUGUUGUCUGCCCCCCAUUUAAUGACACUGAGUGUACAAAGAAUGGAGGAAUUGUGCAGACGUAUAAUGAUGGCUGCUGCAAGACCUGUUCUGGAUUGGGUCUAUUACCCUUUGCCAUUAGUCCAGUAGUGCCUACUGAUAGUAUUAAUUGUGAACCAGGCAAAAAGGAAGAAAGGAUUUGCCAGAAAAUGACAAUCAGGACAACCAUAAGAAAAAAUGACUGUAUAAGUCAAAGCCCGGUAAAUGUGGCUUCUUGUGAUGGAAAAUGCCCAUCUGCAACAAUUUUCAAUGUCAAUAUUGAUAGCCAUCUAAGAUUCUGUAAAUGUUGUCGAGAAAUUGGAACGCGAGUCCUGACUGUGCCCUUGCGCUGCUCAGGAAACGGCACCGAAAUUCUGUACGUCAUUCAAGAGCCCAUAGACUGCUCAUGCCAGUGGAACUGAACCUUGCUAUGGACAUGAUUUGGCUUUCACCAGACACAGUUUUUUGGUCAUGGAUGGGUAUAGUAUUCUGCAGGGAAAUAGAAAAGGCAUCAGUUAUGCUUUAUAAUGUAACUUUUCCCAAAUUUAGCAAAGAUGUUAUUUGUUCUUCAAAUUGUCUUUGAAAAUAUUGGCAAGAAUAGAAAGAAAAACAUAAAUCCUGUUGAGCAAGGUGUAGUUUAUCCAUCAUUUAUUUCUACUCAGCGGCUUUCUGAUGAGGUGGUGAAAAAAGCUGGUUAGUAUUUCCAGUAUUUUAAAAUUUUGGAUCAUGGAUACCUAUCAAAGUAGAGAAUUUCUCAAAGCAUUUCUCAGUAGUUCAUUUACUUAGAGGCCUCCAGCUGAAAACCAUCACCAGUCCCAUGUUUAAAUGGGAAAGAAGGAUAUUAGGAUUUUGAAAGUGACUGAAUUAAUUAAUUGUUAAAAUAGUGGGUUCAACUGUAACAUUUUUUACCUUGCUCAAAAAUCUAUCCUUUGUCCAGUAAGCUGUUGUCAAUGGUUGGAUUCUGCUUACGCUGUAAGCCACUGAGAAACAACAUGACUGUGAUCUGUAAGUACUUGUAGGAAACCUCCAGAGUAUAUAGCAGAAUCAUAAGAUCUUGAAACCUAAGAUGUGUUUAAUUUUUAUGGAUAUUAUAAAUAUUAAGUAUGACUAGGCAAAAGCUGAAGAGUGAUAGCUUUUGUGCAUUAAAAUAUCUGAAAGCCAUUUCUACUAUGAAGGUUUCCAUUUUAUAUCCAUUUUUUCACUUUUCACAGAAAAGAAAUUGGCUGUUUGCUAGUAUAGAAUAAGAUUAUGUGUAUAUAUAUAUUUAUUAAAAAAACCUCACAAUACUGCACAUUUCAAAUAUUCAUAAUGGGCUUCUGUCUCCAGUCUGAAGAUUUGUGUUCAAUGUAUUUUUAAUUUUUUUUUCAAUACAGAUAUUUAGACUAUUGCCUGAAUUUAGGAUUCAUAAUUUUUGAGUCCAAGAAAAAAAGUCAGGUAAAAUAAAUGUAUUGAAGGACUUAGGUGAGUUUUUCAUGCUCAAUCAAGCUGUAAAUAUCCAUGACUCAGCACGUUAAGGUGAAUAUCAUCUCCCUUUUACUCAACAUACUACAUAACCUGCUUUUAAAAAUAAAGGAUACAAGUUUAAGCUUGUUUUUAGAAGAUGAAUUUGCUUUACAAACUCACUGAAUGAAAAUUAUAUUAAUUAUGACAGUAUUUUCCUUAUCAAUUUUCCUUUUAACUGUGUCAGAAUUUAAAUUCUUGUCUAAAAGUUUGAAAAUCUUCUGACAGUUUUGAUCUCAAGCUGUCAUAAUUUAAUGAUGAAAAGGUUGGAUCAUCACAUGGGUUAUUACAGUGAAAUACAUGCAAUUAAAACUGCCUUAAAAUCCAA